UUAAGCGUUAAACCUCACCACCCUGAGCCAGCCUCCCAGCAGCAGCAAGGAGACUGUUCAACAUACCAUCAAAAUGACUCUUUCUAGUAAGCUGACUCUGGACAAAGUGGAUGUUAAGGGGAAAAGAGUCAUCAUGAGAGUAGACUUCAACGUUCCCAUGAAGAACAACCAAAUCACAAACAACCAGAGAAUCAGCGCCGCGAUCCCAAGCAUCAAGCAUUGUCUAGAAAACGGAGCCAAGUCUGUUGUUCUUAUGAGUCACCUCGGGCGGCCUGAUGGUGUCCCCAUGCCAGAAAAAUACUCCUUAGAGCCUGUUGCUGCUGAACUCAAGAACCUGCUGGGCAAGGAUGUUCUGUUCCUGAAGGACUGUGUGGGCCCUGAAGUAGAGAAAGCCUGUGCCAAUCCAGCUACUGGGUCUGUCAUCCUGCUAGAGAACCUGCGCUUCCAUGUGGAGGAAGAAGGGAAGGGUCAGGAUCCUUCCGGAAAAAAGAUUAGUGCUGAGCCUGCCAAAGUCGAAGCCUUCCGAGCAUCAUUGUCCAAACUCGGCGAUGUCUAUGUCAAUGAUGCUUUCGGUACUGCACACCGGGCUCACAGUUCCAUGGUGGGGAUAAAUUUGCCCCAAAAGGCAUCUGGGUUCCUCAUGAAGAAGGAACUAGAGUACUUUGCCAAAGUCUUAGAACAUCCAGAGAGACCCUUCCUGGCUAUCCUUGGUGGAGCCAAAGUGACAGACAAGAUCCAACUUAUCAAAAAUAUGUUAGACAAAGUCAAUCUUAUGAUUAUUGGUGGUGGGAUGGCUUACACUUUCCUGAAGGAAAUUAACAACAUGGAGAUUGGUGCUUCCUUGUUUGAUCAAGAGGGCGCCAAGAUUGUCAAAGAGAUCAUGGCUAAGGCAGAAAAGAAUGGUGUAAAGAUAACUUUUCCUGUUGACUUUGUAACCGGGGACAAAUUUGAUGAGCAUGCUAAAGUUGGACAAGCCACUCUAGAAUCUGGUAUACCAUCUGGCUGGAUGGGUCUGGACUGUGGUCCUGAGACCAUUAAGAACAAUGCUCAAAUUGUGGCACAGGCAAAGCUGAUUGUUUGGAAUGGACCUAUGGGUGUAUUUGAAUGGGAAGCCUUUGCUAAAGGAACCAAAGCCUUAAUGGAUGAAGUUGUAAAGGCCACCUCCAAGGGCUGUGUCACCAUAAUAGGGGGUGGAGAUACUGCUACUUGUUGUGCCAAAUGGGGCACUGAAGACAAGGUCAGCCACGUGAGCACAGGAGGUGGUGCAAGUCUUGAGCUUCUGGAGGGUAAACCCCUUCCAGGGGUUGAGGCCCUCAGCAACAUGUAACUGUCGAGACACCCUUGCUUCUUGUUUUCUGUGAACAGUGGUCAAUCCAACUUAGUAGUGCCUUUACAUCUCAACUUAACUUUGGUUCACGGUUAUCUACUCUGUAUGCAACCCAGGUAACAAGCAAGCAGUGAGUCAUCAGUACAACAUGAACACAUCUUAAUUUUGCCGUGCAUUUGUUACUCUCUUGAGGAACUCAUCAGGACUUCUCACUGUACUUCAUAGGGCAGAAAUAUCCUCAUGUCACCUAUUAAAGAAGUGAG